AUGACGGCACUGGCUGGAGAUCCUGGAGAUCAUAUAAGGCCUGGACAAGAUGCCAACAACUUUUACUGGCUCACCGAGGAAGAGCCACACCGCUCGCGCUGCCGAGCAAUUAUGAAGCAGCAUCCCGAGGUCAAGAAGCUGUUUGGGCCUGAUCCUCGCACUGCACUCGUUGUACUCGCUGUGGUGGCAAUCCAGCUACUCACAGCGACGCAUAUUACAGACCUUGACUGGCACCCUCUUAGUUGGAAAUUUCUCCUCACUGCGUACGUGGUUGGUGGUGUAUGCAAUCAGAAUCUCUUUCUAGCUAUACAUGAGAUCACCCACAACCUCGUCUUCAAAUCGCGCACUGCCAAUAAAGCUCUGGCUAUGAUAGCUAACCUACCCGUCGGCAUCCCCUUUGCUGGCACUUUCAAGGUGUACCACCACGAACACCACCGGUACCUUGGUGAAGACGGCAUAGACACUGAUUUACCGACAAACUUUGAGCUCCUGUUCUUGAAGAAUGUUCUUGGAAAGCUUUUCUUUGCCACAUUCCAGAUACUCUUCUACGCAAUCAGACCAGGUCUCGUGAAUCCAAAACCACCCAGUGGUUUCGUCCUACUCAACGCAGGCGUGCAAGUAGGAUUUAAUGCUCUCAUGUACCAGCAUUACGGGGUAGGCAUUUUCGCCUACUCGGUCCUUAGCACCUUCUUCGCAGGCUCUCUCCAUCCCUGCGCUGCACACUUCAUAGCCGAGCACUACAUGUUUGAUGGCAGCGGACAGGAGACCUACUCGUACUACGGCUUGCUCAACUGGUUGUGCUAUAAUGUCGGAUACCACAACGAACACCACGAUUUCCCUGCUGUGUCGUGGCUCAAUCUUCCCAAAGUCAGACAUAUCGCACCUGAAUUUUACAACCAUCUCCAGUGGCAUACGAGUUGGCCGAUGGUUACUUUCAGAUUUAUCUUCGAGAAGGAUGUCGGACUUUUUUCGAGAGCUAAGCGCGACUCUCAUCUAAGUGAGAAGGAGCAAAGGAAACAGCAGAAAGCCAAGAAAGAGGCUGUUCUACCUGGUGAAGGAUGCAGUCUCGAUGGCGCUGAUUAG